CCGGUGCCGUACAGCAUGGCGGCGCUGCGGCGGGCGCGGCGCGGGGCCGGGUCGGGGUUGUGCCGUACGCUGCGGGCGCUCUCAGGAAAGAAGAAUGAGUAUGAUCUUCUGGUCAUUGGUGGAGGGUCUGGAGGCCUUGCUUGUGCAAAAGAAGCUGCUCAGUUUGGAAGAAAAGUGGCUGUUUUGGAUUACGUGGACCCUUCCCCACAAGGAACCACAUGGGGACUUGGUGGAACUUGUGUGAAUGUUGGCUGCAUUCCUAAAAAGCUUAUGCACCAAGCAGCUCUUUUAGGGAGUGCCCUUAAAGAUGCCCAUCACUAUGGCUGGAACAUAGCCCAACCUGUUCAUCAUACCUGGUCUGUGAUGGCACAAGCUGUUCAGAAUUAUGUGAAAUCCUUGAACUGGGGACACAGAGUGCAACUACAAGACAAGAAGGUGAAAUACUUCAACAUGAAAGGGAGUUUUUCCGAUCCCCACACGGUCCGUGGCUUGACAAAAGCAGGUAAAGAGACUAUUGUUACUGCAGAUAAUAUUGUCAUUGCUACUGGAGGAAGACCAAAGUAUCCUACACACAUUGCAGGUGCACUGCAGUAUGGAAUCACAAGUGAUGACCUGUUCUGGUUAAAGGAAUCUCCUGGAAAAACGUUGAUUGUUGGAGCCAGCUAUGUUUCCCUUGAAUGUGCUGGUUUUCUGACAGGCAUUGGACUGGACACUGCAGUCAUGAUGAGAAGUAUCCCACUUCGUGGGUUUGAUCAGCAAAUGGCAUCUUUAGUAACUGAGCACAUGGAAUCUUACGGCACCAAAUUUUUAAAGAGAUGUUUCCCAACCAAAGUUGAAAAACUGGAGAGCAACAGAUUGCAAGUCACCUGGAAAAAUACUGACCUGGGCACAGAAGAAACGGAUUCCUUUGACACUGUGAUGUGGGCAGUAGGCCGAGCCCCUGACACUAAAACUCUCAAUUUGGAGACAGUUGGAGUGAAAACUAAUUCUGAAACUGGAAAGAUUAUUGUUGAUGCCAGUGAAGCUACUUCUGUUCCUCACAUUUAUGCAAUUGGAGACAUAACCGAGGGCCGCCCUGAGCUGACUCCCACAGCCAUCGCUGCAGGCAAACUGCUGGCCCAGCGCCUCUUUGGCCAGUCCUCAGAGCUGAUGGACUAUGACAGUGUGCCCACCACAGUGUUCACUCCCCUGGAAUAUGGCUGUGUUGGACUGUCAGAAGAAGCAGCUGUGCAGUGUCACGGGUCAGAUAAUAUUGAGGUAUUCCAUGCGUAUUAUAAACCUCUAGAGUUUACAGUGGCUGAAAGAGAUGCAACUCAGUGCUAUAUGAAAAUGGUGUGCUUACGAGAGAGGGAGCAACGGAUACUUGGCCUUCAUUUCAUUGGACCAAAUGCAGGCGAAGUUAUUCAGGGAUUUGCUCUUGGAAUCAAGUGUGGUGCCACGUAUCCUCAGCUGAUGAAGACAGUUGGCAUCCACCCCACCUGUGCUGAGGAGGUCACCAAGCUGCACAUCACAAAGCGUUCUGGCUUGGACGCAACAGUCACAGGCUGCUGAGGUUAAACACCAUCCCUGGAAAGAAGGAAAAAAGCACAAAAUAUGUUUGUAAAGAAAGGGGGCACUUAGAGUUGAAACAGCAUUAAUGGUUUGAUCCUUGCACCACCUCAGUUCUAACACCAAUGCAGUCCUGCUGUAACAAAGCUCUCUCUUUCAAAGUGCCUAAAACCGUUCUCUUGCUGGGAGCUAGGAAAUAAUCCCAGUAUUUUACAUGUGAAUGUAACUGAAGCCAGGGACACCUGAGGCCACCUACAAGUGCAGCAGUUUUCCCUGGGUUCCUCUGCUGGCACUGCUGGCAAAGUGCCUCCCGGGAUGGUGCCACAUGCUGGGGACUGGACAGGGCCUCCCGUGGCAGUUUGGUGAUACUUUGUCCUGAGCUUGCACAGCUCGUUACUGAUGCCAGCAGUGACUGCUGAGACUGUGCUCACGAGCAGAAGCAAGUUCCCAGAGUGUGUAACAGUGGGUAAGCAGUCAUCUUCGGGAUUUUUCUUCUAAAUGUAAUACAUAGAGGAAUUUAAUAGAAAAUCAUCUAUCACUGAGGCUGUGCUGCUGCUGGAAGAAUCCCAGUGCAUUAAUCAGUAGCAUCCUGGGCACAAUGAUGAUGGCUGAGAGUGAAUGAGCUCAGAGGUGCUAAAGGAAGAGUUGAAUUUUAUGGUUAUUUCUCUGCCUACUCCUGAAAUUUUUAGUUCAGUUCAAAUUAAAUUGACACAUCUCACAAAUUACUGCUUGAACAGUGCAUAUUAAGCAAUGCUGACAAGUAGAAUCAAACCCACUAAUAAUCCAACUUACGUAGCAUUUUCUGUUUUAUAGAAUGCAGAAAUCUAGCUGACACUGAUAUAUUUUCUUGGUUUGUUUUUAAGACUUUCUCACUGAUGAGCUGGGUACUACAUCUGAAUUGACUUAGGUCUGGCUUUGCUAAAACACGUUAGUGAAGGGAACUACAUUAACCGGCGAUCUAGAAAAGAGACAGUCGUGCUCAGAACAAGGAUCUAAAAUAAUUCUCUGCAAACUUUGUUUUGCGUAUCGGCCCGACCGAGAAAGCCUUGCCCUGUCCCGAAUUCCUGCUGCUUUUCGGGCUCUCCAGAAGGGGGAGGUGCUGCCUAAUCUGUGGCAGCAAAGGAACAUCCGAGAGUGAAGCUGCUUGUGCAGAGCCCUGGUGAGGAGGUGGCCUGACAAAGGCAAGCACAAAACCUGCACCGAACUUCAAUGGAAGUCGCAGUAUUUUGCUAUGCAUAAACACAGAAUUUCUUGCACCCUUUACAGCAGAAUAGUGAUCAUAGGAAAAGAAGAGAUCGGCUGGAGGUGAAACCAAAUGUAUCCUUUUUGCAGUUAAUUGAUAUCAGUGUUUUCUUUGGGGAAUUUGAUAUUUUCAUUCCAAGCUUGUUGCACAGUUUAGAAGAAUAGUCUGAUGAUCAUGUGUAUCUUUGCUAUUUUUAAUUGGAUUGCUGUUUCACUGCUGCAACACAGACAAAUGGCUGGUUUGGUAUGAGUGUGAAAUCUUUUUUACCACGAGAAUUGUACCUGUCAGAGAAACUAGUAGAAAAAAAGGAUCAGAACUUCCUUGUAAAAUAUUAUGUAACAGCAUUUAUCAUACUUCCAUUGAUACUAGAAUAUUGAAUUUUCAACUAUUUAUUUUAACAACAAAAGAAAUCUCAAAUGCUUUCUUUACAAAAUUUCCUGAGUUUUGGUCAGUAUUUCUGGUCCAUAAAAUAGGAAGGAGUGAUAUGGUUUGGCUGCAAGUGGCAUUCCCUGUCACAUCUGCCAGUUUUCAUCUGAGAACUCAUCCAUAAGUUUGUAAUUGAAAAGAAAUACUUUGAGUGGAAGUGUAGCUGAAACACUGCCUGCAUUUUACAGCUGCCUUUAGAAGAAAUGAUGAAAACUUUGUAUAUAAAUGCGUGCAUACCUGCACAGUCAGAAGUUUCUGUUUCCUUUAAUAAAGGUCUUAUGAGCAUGGUGCAGCCAAAAACCCUAUUACAUUUCACAAAAGAGGAGUUCAUAAUACAUUAGGGUUUCUUAAAAUGUUUUACUUAAUAUUGCAAUUAACAAUUGAAACAGAGAACUUUCUGUGAGAAAUCUCUCACCUCUGACUGAAUUGUAAUGUCUAUGCAUGCAAGAUUUUUUUCUAGUGAUUACCUUUGAUAGUUCCUUUGGUUUCCCAUAAGUGAAAGCACUGGUGUUUAGCCCUGUAAAAUCAGCUUCUCUGCCCCACCAAUGCAUCCAGCAGAAGGAGUCUGUCCCUACAGACAAAUCAAUGGAAAGAUGAGUUAAUGUCAUUCAUCAUAAAGUUGAAAAUAAUUAUUUGGGACAGCAAAUAAGGAGAUCUCAAGGAAAUGUGUGCUCAGUGUGUGAAACUAAGGCAUGUCAUCUUUCUCAGAAGUAACAGAACUGCCUUGGUGUUAGAAUUCUGAUGAACAUUGUUCCUGUCUCUUCAGUAGCAGCCCAGUUCUAUUCCUCAUUUAGUGGAAAAUGCUGUUGCCCCACUGAAGUAAAACUGAAUACACAUCACAGCUGCAUAACCCUGAUGGCAACAUCAGCAGCAGGGCAGAAUAAUGACAACUGCUGUGACUGUGCUUUUUUCCUGCAGGAUUCACCAGGGAUGGUGCUUAAGAAUUGUUUUAUUUAAAAGCCUGACUAAUGUCAAUUGGAACAACUGAUGUACACUGAAAAUUACUAAUUGCAUGUGAAAAUGUAAAAAACAAACAAAUUGAGUCAGGCUUCACAGGAUGCCAGCUGAUGAGGAUCUGUUUGUCAAACCACACCAUGGUGCAAACAAGUCUGAGCUUUGCUGGGUCCCUUACAUGUGUGAUUCCAAUAUUUAUUGUGUUGUGCAUUAAUUAAUGAAUAAAGAAUAUUUUUUUCUAGUAAAUGUGUGAUUGUAUUUGCUUAAUUUUGUACAUAUGCUUUCUGCUUACAAUAGAUUUGGUUUUCGAUCUUGCUGUUGUUUCUCUUGGUUGAAGUGUGUGUUAAGGAAAUGAAGAAGUAGACAGACUCAGACCUUUUAAGAAGGAAAUGUUGAUACCUCUCUGUAUCUGUGUGUAAACUGAAUAACUGUGGAGAUUUUUCCAGGCUGGAUGGCCUCUUAUUUUGAAUUUAAGGGAACCUGUAGACUUGGUUCUAACAAAUUAGGAUAUCUAGUAACAAUGGCUAAAAAAGGGAAUAAGGAUCAAGAGGAAGUGCAUUAAUUUUCAACUUCACACGAAGGCAGGUUGUACAAACACAGCUGGAAACAUCAGGAAACCCAGGCAUUUUCCUUAGAGAAAUGGAGUCAGCUAAUGUUCUGCUGGCAGGAGCCUCCUGAGUGAUUGGGAAGAUGUUGUCAGGCAGCAGUUUGGGCAGCAGGGUGUUCACAGUGAUCACACUGCUCGGUUCAGCCACUGCCACGAGGAAUGACUGCCUUCUGUGCUGAUGACAGAUCUGCCCCUCUGUUAUCAGACACUGCAGUUUUGCCAUCUCAGUUUCAUAAGAGUUGCUCCUGCCUGGGAGCCAGUGGAGCAGCCGUGCUGGGCAGAGCAGCUCUCUGAGGAGGUGGAUGAUGGAUGACAGUGAUUCCCUUUGGCAUGGAUGGGGCACUGAGCUCCUCCUGUGCUCAGGGAAGAAGCAGGUCUGGCACUUCUACUGCCCUGAGGUUCUGUGGGGCUCCAUGAAUGGGUUUGCAGUGAUGCAGCUCCACUGGCACAAAACUCUGGCGAUGUUCCAGCACAAAGCAAAGUCUGUCUGGAAGCAACUUGCUCUGAAAGGUGUCUGCAAGCAGAAGAGAUGCCCUUGUGGAGGCUCCUGCUGAGCUCUGAGCUGGAUGACCUCAGGUGCUCCUUUCCAGUGCACCUUCAGCUGCUCAAGUGCAGGUGAUGAAACCAUGCAGAGAAGAGAGUUCCAAGGAACCAUCUGAGGAGAUUCUUCAAGAGUGCUGACAGACAUUCUACUCAGUGCAGAAGAUCUCGUCCUGGCAACUGAUGGCUCUUAAUCCAAGACAUGAGAAGACAGGACCUGGCUGUAUGCACUGCUGAUCAGAACACUUGCCAUAGGAAUGCAGAAAAGCUUGCCUGCAAGAGAACUGAUUGUUGGCAUGGAAGAAAAGCUCUAAAAUUCUGAGAUGCAGUCGAGUUCCUGAAUACAGGCAAGUCUACAAUCGAAACUGAAAUCUGUUUAUCUGGGGAGAUAAAUGCUCUCAAAAUACGCUUUUCUGGAGAGGCUGACAGGCACAAAAUCAGGGAAGGGAAUGCUCUGGUAUGAGGACAGAGUUCUGCUCUGGCAGUAACUGAUGUUGGACAGCUGUAGGAACUGGCCCACUGGGCUCUGUGCUUUGCACCCCGUAACUCCAUACCCAGCUUCUUUUGAUACCAGGCUCGGGCUUCCUGGAGCCAGGCAUCAGCUUUUCCCUACAAAUGCAGCCAAAGCAGCUGCUGCACUUUGCAGAGAUCCUGAGACUGUAGUGCUGAGCUGCUCUUCCUUCUGCUUGCUGGGAUCUGCUCAGCUCAGGCAGUUCCUCGGGGGAACGGCCAGUGAGUCAGGCCCUGUUGGGGUUACACACUGUGGAGCUGAGCACAGAGAGGAGAAAUAGCCCCACCAAAGUGACUGAGAAGUGCUGAAAAGCCUCACAGUAGACAGCCUACACAAUGAAAUGAUCUCUUCCAAUUAGCCCAUGGUCAUCAGUGAGGCAAAUCCUCUGCCUCCUGGGCCGGGCAGGGUGGUUUUAACAGUAGGCAUAAAUCUAUUGGGUUUUUGUCCUCAUGACCCAGCAUAUUCUGCCAGGGCAAUGCAGACUCCAGAGAAGGAAGAGAAUUUAUGUGUACAAUAAAACAACAGAGUUUCAGUGAUAUCAGCUGUUUGACGAACUUUAAUAUACAUUUGCUAUAAAACAGGCAGCAAUUACCAGAAUGUGAUACCCAAAUAAAAAUCCAUGAUCUAUUUGCA